AUGGAGGUACAGGAACACACCGCAGACCCCCAACAGCAAGAUUCUCAAGACUGGGAAUGGGUCGAGGAGACAGAGUACAUCGUCCUCGACUUUGGUGGCUCAAACCUCGACGCAUCCGACAUGGAGCACCUCACCAUAAAAGGAUACAGUCUUGUCGGCUUGGAGACAGGGACGCCUUAUUUCAAAUGCGGUGCUCAUACAUUCAAGGGCUGCUUCGAGGAGAACGCCUUUACCGAGGAUUUGAUCUUCAACAUGAAAGUUCGCGAGGAUGUAGAGGAAGGCAUGGAAGACACCGAGGAGAAUAACACGGAUGCACUGGAACUUUUGGCCAUCACUACCAAACACGUCAUCUUUGACCCUGUAGAGCUGGUCCGGAAUGAACUUAUGACGCCCGUCGAUAUUGAUGUUCAUGUCGAGAACACUCAGCCUCAACAAUUGGACGAAGUCGCCUCCAAGACACUGGCGAGAGGCUCAUCACAGUCUAUUUGGAAAGCUGCUAGACAGGCGGCGGGGAUGUCCACUGUCGCAAAGCGGAAUCGGGUCAUCGGGACCAACACUGUGGUGAACAAGCCAUCCGCUUCAGGAGUCGCAAAGAACGCGACAGCAGGUCCACAGAGAGGGGCAACAACAGGAACAUCGGGACCAGGAUCAGCGGCAGCGAGUUCUGGAGCAAGAGAGGACAUUCCUAUGGAGCUGGAUUGA